AUGGCUCCAAACGUCAAGAAGAAGAAGAUCACGCCGGCGCAGCUGCCGGAGGAAUUGGUCCGGGACGAGAUCCUCGCACGACUCCCGAUAAAGUCGGCGGUGCGUUUCAAAGUCGUGUCCAAAUCUUGGCUCUCUAUAUUCUCCGACUCUAAUUUCUUGAAAAAGCAUCUCUCUCGCAACUCUUCUCAAAACCCUAAUGACUACGACUGUCUCGUGGCUGCUAAACACAGAAGAGUCGUCGUUCUCACUCGCUACAAAGAAACAUUUGUCCUGCCUCUCGAUAAUUACGAAAUGGUUGGUUCUGUUCAGGGCUUAGUUUGUCUCCGCAGUGCCAAGAAGUUGUCGUUAUGGAACCCUGCUAUUCAUCAGUCCAGGGAGUUUACUCUUCCGACACAACAUCAAGAACGUCAUGCUGAUCUGAGCCACAUUGGACUCGGUUUCGAUCACGCAUCGAAUGAUUACAAGGUGGUUGUCUGCUAUGUGUCGGGUGAUUCUCGGUAUGGUUGUGUUUACUCGGGGAAAUCUGAUUCGUGGAGCGAUGUGUUUGUUCCUGAUAAUGUGCUUUUUAGAACUGAAAAAAUGCCAUGGGAUCAUAAGCGCGGACCCGAGACUAUUGUUAAGAACUGUCCUUAUUGGAAAUGCGAUACGUAUAUGUCUAAUAAUGACGAUGUUCGAUCUGUGGCUGUCAUGAAGUUUGAUGUGGGGAGUAAUGAAUUCAAGUUGUUGCCUGAGUUUGAGUUUGAUGCAAGUGAACAGAAUUGGGAACGUGGCAAGCUUUAUGCACUAGUCACUAUGAAUGAUUGUCUUACUUUGAUGACGUAUAACACGUCUAAAGAUAGUGUUGUGGAUGUUUAUUCAUUGGACGAGGAGGGUUCGUGUGUUUGGAGUAAAAUGUAUAGUGUUGGACCUCUUGAUCUUUAUACCCAUUAUUUGCACUUGUUACAGGGUUUUAGGUAUGGGGGAGAGUUUGGAUGCCAUAAUUACGGAACUUUUGUCUGCUGUGAUCCCGAAAGAAAUACAGUCAAGCGACUUGCUGGUACUACAUCUCAUUUGAAUCUGAUAAGCUGCUUUCCGUACGUGCCUACUUUGGUUUACCUUCAAGGAAUGAAGAGUGUUUAUAUGCAAACCCAAGCUCGUAUAUCUGGUAACACUUUCAGAACUCCUCGACGAUUGAUUAAUUCACUAAGGGGAUGA